ACCGGCCGGCGGCGCCGGGGCCGGUCUCGCCCCUCUUCCGCGCUCCUCGCCGCCCCCUCCCCGGCCCGCGUCCCCUCCCCCGUCCUCUCCUCCCCGCCCGCCGCCCGCCUCUCGGGGGGAGGGGCGUGGGGGCAGGGAGCCGAUUUGCAUGCGGCCGCCGCGGCCGCUGCCUGCGCCGGAGCCCGCCGCCGCCGGAGCCCGCGCCCGCGCCCGCGCCCGGCCCGCGCGGCCCCAUGCCUCUGGCGCGGCCCUCGGGGGGGCGAAGGUGAAGACCGGCUCCUAGGAUGAGUGAAGGGGCGGCCGCUGCCUCGCCACCUGGUGCCGCUUCGGCAGCCGCCGCCUCGGCCGAGGAGGGCACCGCGGCGGCUGCGGCGGCGGGCGGGGGCCCGGACGGCGGCGGAGAAGGGGCGGCCGAGCCCCCCCGGGAGUUACGCUGUAGCGACUGCAUCGUGUGGAACCGGCAGCAGACGUGGUUGUGCGUGGUGCCUCUGUUCAUCGGCUUCAUCGGCCUUGGGCUCAGCCUCAUGCUGCUUAAAUGGAUCGUGGUGGGCUCCGUCAAGGAGUACGUGCCCACGGACCUGGUGGACUCCAAGGGAAUGGGCCAGGACCCCUUCUUCCUCUCCAAGCCCAGCUCCUUCCCCAAGGCUAUGGAAACCACCACUACGACCACUUCCACCAUGUCCCCCGCCACCCCCUCUGCCGGCGGCGCCGCCUCCUCCAGGACGCCUAACCGGAUUACCACCCGCUUGACCACCAUCACGCGGGCGCCCACUCGCUUCCCUGGGCACCGGGUGCCCAUGUGGGCAAGCCCGCGCUCUACCACGGCACGGAACACUGCGGUCCCCCCGACGGUCCUGUCCACCACAGUCCCUUUCUUCAGUAGCAGCACGCCAGGCUCCAGACCCCCAAUGCCAGGAGCCCCUAGUACGCAGGCGAUGCCUUCCUGGCCCACUGCGGCGUAUGCUACCUCCUCCUACCUCCACGAUUCCACUCCCUCCUGGACCCUGUCACCCUUUCAGGAUGCCGCGGCCGCCUCUUCUUCCUCACCCUCUUCCACCUCCUCCACUACCACCACCCCAGAAACUAGCACCAGCCCCAAAUUUCAUACCACGACAUACUCCACAGAACGAUCUGAGCACUUCAAACCCUGCCGAGACAAGGACCUAGCAUAUUGCCUCAAUGAUGGAGAGUGCUUUGUGAUUGAGACCCUGACAGGAUCCCAUAAACACUGUCGGUGCAAGGAAGGCUACCAAGGAGUCCGUUGUGAUCAAUUUCUGCCGAAAACAGACUCCAUCUUGUCGGAUCCAACAGACCACUUGGGGAUUGAAUUUAUGGAGAGUGAAGACGUUUAUCAAAGGCAGGUGCUGUCAAUUUCAUGUAUCGUCUUUGGAAUUGUCAUCGUGGGCAUGUUCUGUGCAGCGUUCUACUUCAAAAGCAAGAAACAGGCUAAACAAAUCCAAGAGCAACUGAAAGAAUCACAGCACGGGAAAAACUACAGCCUCAAGACAUCCAGUACAUUGUCAAAGUCCGAGAGCCUGAUGAAGAGCCAUGUCCAGCUGCAAAAUUACUCAAAGGUGGACAGGCAUCCUGUGACUGCACUGGAGAAAAUAAUGGAGUCAAGCUUUGUGGGUCCCCAGUCAUUCCCCGAGGUUCCUUCUCCUGACAGAGGAAGCCAGCCUGUCAAGCACCACAGCAGGAAUAUUUCUUCUUGCUGCAGUCCAGGACAAAGGAGUGGGAUGCUGCACAGGAAUACCUUCAGGAGGACACCACCCUCACCCCGAAGCCGACUGGGUGGGAUUGUAGGACCAGCAUAUCAGCAACUGGAAGAAUCAAGGAUCCCAGACCAGGAUACAAUACCUUGCCAAGGGAUAGAGGUCAGGAAGACUAUAUCCCAUCUGCCUAUACAGCUGUGGUGUGUUGAAAGACCCCUGGACUUAAAGUAUACAUCCAAUGGCUUAAGAACCCAACAAAGCGCAUCCAUAAAUAUGCAACUGCCUUCAAGAGAAACAAACCCCUAUUUUAAUAGCUUGGAUCAAAAGGACCUAAUGGGUUAUUCAUCCCCAAGGGCCAAUUCUGUGCCCAUCAUCCCUUCGGUGGGUCUAGAAGAAACCUGCAUGCAAAUGCCAGGGAUUUCUGAAGUCAAAAGCAUUAAAUGGUGCAAAAACUCCUAUUCCGCUGACAUCGUCAAUGCGAGUAUUCCAGUCAGCGAUUGUCUUCUAGAAGAACAACAGGAAGUGAAGAUAUUGCUAGAGACUGUGCAGGAACAGAUCCGGAUUCUGACUGAUGCCAGACGGUCCGAAGACUAUGAACUGGCCAGCGUGGAAACCGAGGACAGUGCGAGUGAAAACACAGCCUUUCUUCCCCUGAGUCCCACGGCCAAAUCAGAACGAGAGGCACAAUUUGUCUUAAGAAAUGAAAUACAAAGAGACUCUGUGUUAACCAAGUGACUCGAGAUGUAGGAAUCUGUGCAUUCUCUGCUUUGCUCAACAGGAAAGAGAGGAAAUUAAAUACAAAUUAUUUAUAUGCAUUAAUUUAAGAGCAUCUACUUAGAAAAAAACCAAAUAGUCUGCCGCCCUCAUAUCAUAGUGUUUUUUAACAAAAUAUUUUUUUAAAGGGAAAGAAAAGAAACGUUUCAGGAAGGAUAAAGCUUACCACUAAAGCUUUUGGGGGAGGAUUCUGAAUCCACUUUCAGUUAGCCCCAUCACUGUCCUCUUUGGCUCUUGGAAGAUUUGGCUAAUUCCAACCUCUGGUCCCAUAGUGCCAGUAUCUGUAUGGAAAAGAAACUGGUGUUCACCUAGCUUCAAAGACAUGCGCUAUAUCCCAAGAGAGGAUGUGCCAGUGAGCAGGUAGCCCUGGUCAUUUGGCUCUUGAGUUCCAACCCCUAAAUUUCUAUUCAUCAAUGCUCUUACCACAGUUUAUGUCACGUCAAAGAGUGGAGUGCUUUGUAUUUGAUUUUUAAAGACUGGUGGGAAAACACGAACAGGAAGAAAGAUGGAAAAUAGGAGUAACCUGGUUAAUCUUAGCUACUCUCAUGUGCCAUCUUUCUCUGACAUUUGAAAGCACAGAACCUCAGAGCGAGAUGGGAAACUAUUAUAGGAGAAGAGAUAAAAAAAACAAAAACACAAAUGACAAUGUUGUGCCACUAAAAUUAUGCUAAUAGAAAUGUUUUUUCUUGGAAAGUGUUUAGAAGCUCUGAAAGGGCACCUCUCAGUGUGUGUGUGUGUGUGUGUGUGUGUGUGUGUGUGUGUGUACCUGUGUGCAUAGGUAUGAGCUUGCGAGUGUGUGGACUUGCUCACCCAAGCACAUAUGCUGUAUGCACAUGUGUUCCUUGUACGUAUGGGUGUGCAUGUGUGUGCAUAUUAAAGCUUGCAAAAAUUUGUUCUCAAACAUCAGGGAAUCAAAUAUUCAAAAGAAAUUUUCCCUCUUAAAUCUUUUCACUUUAAAGCUUUCCAUUAAAUAGAAAUUUGGUUAGAGAGUUCUUGAACCAAGGUAACUUGCAUGGUGGGGUCUUACAAAAACUCUUGACGAGGUCUAGACCCUUUUCUGAUGUGAAUACUUUUUAAAAGAACAGUCUUUAGGUUAUUGAUAUCAGUAUCACAAAGCAAAUUAAUGGAAGAUGUGUUUAUUUUGAAUCUUUUACUUAAAUUACUGACACAAGCCAAUUAUCAAAUUAACAGGUGACCAUUUUAAUUUCUUAUCAUCCUCAUUGCUACUUUACAGUAAGUUUGCUCUAUGUAGACAGAGGCUCUAGCUUCUCUGUUUAACAUGGAAGGAAUAAAUUGUUGAAAAUCACAAAUCCCAGACUAUUCAGUUCACAAGCAAUGCCCCCCAAACAAUAAAUUGUGUUGUAUGUUCAUUUGGAAUAAAGCAAUAUUUUUACCACUGCUAAGGUGAACUGAAAACCUCCUGAAGAUGUGUCUGUUUUUAUUUUCCCUUAUUUUUAUGGGGCAUUCAAGGAAACUAGUGUUCCCAUAUCCAGUCUUUAUCUGAUUAUUGGUGGUGUUGUUAUGUUUACACUGUUUAAAUAAAAAGGCACAGUAUUUGAAAGUACAUAAAAGAUUGCUUUUACUGUAGUUUCGGGACAGCUUGGUUAAAAUUUCAAAGAUUUGGUUUUCAGCAGAGAAAAUAUACAGUUCUUGCUUGAGGUAAGUUAUUUCUGUUAAACACAUUGCAACUUGUUAUCUGCGAGCUUUCAUUGAUAACAGAUAAAAUCAUCUAGGGAAAAGGGAGAGCAUUAAAAACCUAAUCAAAGCUACUUAACAGGAAUCUGGGGUCUCAUGUUGAAAACACAUUGAUGGAACCCUCCAUUUUAUCUCAUAAAAGUUUUGUGUCAUCAUUAGUUGUCAUCAUAGUUUUGAAUAAAUCAGGAACAUUGUUAAUGUUUUCAAAAAUUGGAGAUUUUUAAUGUUUUCUCGCUCAACUUAGUUUUCAUUUGAACAUGGUUUCUACUUAAGAACAUCAUAGAAGGCAUUUGAAGGUCUGUAAAAUCCUGAAAGUUGAGCAACCACUGAAACAUUAUGUUGUUUUUCACAAACAACUGUGAGACCAUGCUGGUCUAUUGAGGUCAACCUUGUUUAUAUUUUUUUAUUUAUUUGUUUUAUUUUUCUUAAAAUGUUACCUAUUUUUUUAUCUAAAGUAUCCAUUUAUCUACCUAGGAGGGCUGGUAUUCUCAGCAACAGACUUUUUUUUAUAUAUCCUUUAUACCAAAAAUGUACGAACGAUGAACCAAGUCUCGAUACAACAUCUUAUUUAAGUAACAGAAAGAUUCUAUACCAUAUGAUUAGGUAGCAAACCUUUUCCCCAUAUCCUGAAGAUAAUGAGUAUCAGGCAUAUCCACCAGCUAUGUUACAGAAAGUUUACAGAUGUUGCUACUUUUUGAACACUCAAGACAAAAUGCUCCAUAGAAACAGUUAUUUGCAGUAGUUUCUGUGGUCUGUGUCUCCUCUUGGACUCCUGCAAAGUGUCUAAGCUCAAACGCACAUCUUAGGUCACCAAUUGGCAAUUGCCCAUUGUCAGGAACAUUGAAGCUUCCACAUUAAUCUAGCCUGUUAUAUACCUGGAGCCAUCAUUGCGUUGUUCUUUGAGCUCAUCUGCUUACGAAGACUUGACAAUUUAUACGCCCUGCCUUUGAAUUUACUUUAUUUCUCUUGUCUCUAUUAUGGGAACAGAUAUUUGGAUAUUUGUAAUUAAAUAAGAUACAUAUUCAUCGCUAACUGGAGACAGAUUAUCACUCAUUAUUUUUUUAUUUAAGUCAUUUCCUAUUCUUUUUAAUAUAAAACACUUUUAAAUUGAUGAUAGCUAUUGUGGAAUGCUGCAGUUCAAAAUAUGACCAAUGUUAUAUUACUAGGGUAGAGAAUAGAAAUGAUGUAGGCAAGUUAGUGUCUGAAUUUUUCUCCUUCCUGUGUAUAUUAAACACUCUUUCAGACUCUACCCCAGUAUCUACCUAGCUAUAAAUUUAAGGUCAGUUCAUCACACACACACACAAUGAUUCACAUCAGUUUUAAGUAUCAAUAUAAGAGACAUAGAACAGUGCUGCUCUCAGGACUUCACAAACUAGCCAGAUAACACACAGACCAAAAACAGUAGAGGGCCAUACAGACUUAAGAAUACCCCCUCAGUUGUGAGAUGAAUAAGAACUAUCAUUUUAGAAGGGCCCUGGUGCCCAAUGCUGAGGCUGCUGGUAACCAGGUCUCCACCAGAAUACAUCCAACACUUGCAGCCAUCAACAAACCCCUAUCUUGCCAUAUGGUGCUAUAGGAAAUAACGAGUCCUAACAAGUGUGUGAGGGUGUGGGGCGAUUCCAGUCCUGUGAACCUGAGAUCAAGUGCUAAGACACUUUUCUCAAUUGAGUACAUAGUAUACCUAGGAACACAGCAGGUGGGGAGGGAUUUUUAUUUGAUCUUUUGGUAUCUGGGAAACAUUUUAUAUAUAUAUAUAAAGAAUACUUUUUAUUAUUAUUCAAUUGUAUAGAACCACUACAGUGUUUUCAAUGAAUAGCAUGUCAAUGCUGUUUGUAUCUUGUCUUCAGAAAUUUAGUCCUCAUUCCAAGGAAGACCAGUCCAAGGUUUCUAGGCUGGUUCUCAAUUUUGUAAACACUCAAUAUGCCCUGGGAAAUGAAACUUUCAAAUGAGCUUUAUCUCUUCCUUUUUUCAUUCUUUCCCUUUGAAAGAAAUACUGAGGGUGAAGGAAGAUAUUCCCUCCCUCAUGUGUUUCCUACUGUGAAUACACCCUCAAUAUAGAUAUGAAUACUAAAUUGCUGUGAUUAUUUGGGUAUUCUCAUGUUUGCUUCAUUUGACAAAUACCAAGUGAUUAGCUCAUGAAAUUCCAUGAAACAUAGUGGCCAGCCAAAUAUCAACAUUUGUUUCAGACAGACAUUUUCAGUUUUUUCUCUUUCUUAGCCAAACAGAAAUAUCCUUGGAUUAGAAAAUAAAAAGCAAAAAAAAAAUCACUAAAAUAUAUUAGAUUCUCUCCUAAAAUGGCAAUUAAAUAAUGGCUGUAAAUCUUACUUUAUCAAAAGUGUAUAUUUAUCACAAAAGCAGGCUUUUUUUUUAAAUUAAGUAUACUUCUAACAAUGUUUUUGACCUAUGUGAAAACUAAACUCUAUUAAGGGCAGAGUGUGUAGAUAUGACAAGGAGGUCUAUUAAUAAUGUCAGAAACCUCAGUGAAAUCAGUAACAAAGUUAUCACAUGGACUUGGUAAAACAGAGAGCAAGCUUCUUAUCCUUUGAUGAUUGUCUGUCGUGAAUACCUGUACUGAUUGCAUGUGUAUUGUUGCCAAGGCGAGGGCCGUGUGAAAAGAAGCAAUCUUGUACUGUUGGAAAUAAGUUAGACGUGCAUCUCUGUGAAAGCUUUUAACUUACAUCUGUAAGAGCAGUCUCUUGACCUCAUCGCUAUAUAACGGAUAUGGUCUACUUUAUCUUUGAUUUCUUUCCUUUCUAGUCAACCACCUUGUAUGUAGUCAUUCUAAUCGCGAUUUUGACUGGUCAGCUUACAUGUUCAUUCAACACUGUUCUGUAAGUACUCCGUGCCCAUAAAUCUAUCUCAUAAAGUCUUGUAAGAGUUGAAACCUAUGGAACAUUUGUAACAACAUGUGCUAUCGAGUAAAAGGAGUUUUUGCUAUGGGUAAAUUUAAGGUAACUUUACUGAGGUCAGGUGAUGGAUGAAGACGGGAUAAUCGAGAAGUAGCUGACUCUACAGCUUGAAAUUGAAAGGUCACUCUUUGCUUUAUAUUUGUGCUAAAGAGAAUCUGAGAGUUUAUCAAAAGCCCAGUCCACAGCAGGCAUCAGAACUUGACUAUGCCCUUUAACUAUAGAAGCAGUAGUGAGACUCAUUUGGUCCAAAACUUGAACGAUAUAUAGAUAUACAGACAGGUGCUCUCAAACAAUUGCAUCUCAGGUUUUUUGUUUAUUUUUCUUGAGAAAGGUCCCUGCCACGUUGCUCAGGCUAUCAGUGAGCACACAAUCUUCCUCCCUCAGUUUACUGAAUUUGGUUAUAGAUGUUUGCUAUUAACCCUGGUUCAACUCAAACCUUUUAACAUAAAUCCUACAAAGUUGACUACAUUCUCAUUUGAAACUUAGCCAUUAAAGUUCAAAAUAAUUCUAACUUUGAGGGCACCAAAAAAGCAGUGUGUACUUAUUGACUUUUGUUGAUAAUUGCUGUUUUGACGAAUCAAUACCAAUAUGCUUCUUCAGUACCAUCCAUACAAGCACUGAUUCCUCUAUUCAUAAUUUGUUUUGGUCAAGAUCCCAUAAAGUCUGAAUUUUUUUAGUAUUCAAUAAAACAAUGUGAAAUG